UCGUCAUUUCGUCGUGCUCAGUUCAGGAAUCCAAAUCCACCGGAAUGGCGGCCAAGAAACUGGGAAUGGACUUUGUGAAGCAGAUGUCCGAGUACGCCAGCGGGUCCAAUGGAUUUGACCGGGUUUUGCGUAUGAUUAAAAUCACAGGCGGUGGUGAUGGUCGCGCAAUAGGAGAGUUCACUGUGGCCAGUGAGCACCUGAAUCGCCAAGGAACUUUGCAUGGCGGUCUCACGGCGACAAUUGUUGAUAAUUGUACCACGUAUGCCCUGAUGUCAAAAGGCUCCCAUCCCGGAGUUACGGCCAACCUGAAUGUGAGCUACAUUGCAGCAGCGAAACCUGGCGAAAUUAUAGAAAUUGAUUGUCAUACUGUGCGGGCCGGCAAGAAAAUGGCCUAUUUGGAUUGCAUUCUGCGGCGCAAGUCCGACGGAAAGAUAAUCGCGAAGGGCGGACAGGUCAAGUACAUUCAGUUCGACAAGGAAAAGCUGGAUUUCUAAAACAGUUUGCAGAUUGUUGGAAAGCCAAAUAAAAUUUUUCGAACCAUUA